UGCGCGAGGUCUCCGCGUGGCUAUAUAAACAUGGCUGGCGGGGCGGCGCGGUGGGGCUGUGCUGAGUGCGCGUAGGGGGUUUUGAGCCGCUCGGACUUUGUAGUUUUGAAUUUCUGGCGGGGGAACCGCGGCGCAGAGUUUUGGUGGGAGGUGGGGGCCGAAGUGACGCUCUUCCGGGAACCGCGCAGCCGGCGCCUCUGCCGCGGUCCCCGAGGCCGAGGCGACGGGCCGAGCCGGACCACGUGCGAUCGCCGCGGAGGAGGCGGCGGGCGGCCGCGCAGGUGUCUCUGCAGCCGCGGACGGGAGACGGUCCGGGGCGCGUGUGGCCCGCCCACCAGCCGGCGCCUGCCACUGACUUUGGGUCGCGGCCCCUACGUCUCUGCCUAGCGAUGCUGCGGAGCCGGAACUGCGCUGGAGUCGGUCGCCGCUUGUCAAUCCUCCCCUUGCUGCUCCCGGAACGGCGGCGCCGCAGCUGCCGCUGAUCUGCCCGGGGGAUGCCCGCGGGCCUCUCAGAACCGGCCGGCGCCCCUCCCGCGGCUCACCGCGUGGGCGCCGCCGGGACCGUGAGCAUGGCUCCUGCUGCGACUCUGCCCCUCCGGGCGGAGCACACUCCGGGCGCCUUGGGCUCCGUGACCAGGGCUCCUGUCGGUGUCUGCGUGGAGUCCUCGGCGGCCCAGCCCGUGCAGUCCCCCGUGGGGACCCUGGUGACCAAGGUGGCUGCUGUCCGCGCUCCUGCUAAACUCAGCAGCGGUCCUGCGCUGCCGGCCCCUCAGAUAGUCGCUGUGAAAGCCCCCAACACCACAGCAAUCCAGUUGCCUGCCAAUUUGCAGCUUCCUCCAGGAACAGUUUUGAUCAAAAGUAACAGUGGUCAGUUGAUGUUGGUAUCUCCUCAGCAAGCUGUGACACGAUCUGAGACCACAAGUAACAUCACUUCGAAGCCAGCCAUACCAACAGCUACUCAAACACUCAAAAUCUGUACGCUGCCGAAUUCUAGUUCACAGUUAAUCAACAAAGUGACAGCGGGACCUGUUAAAAAACUGACCCAAGUAGGAACCACCGUGGUGUCCACUGUGCCAAAGCUUUCCUCAGCACAAUCUGUGGCAGUGCCCACCAAUGUUGUCACAGUUACUCCGGUAAAGCCGUUGACUACUGUAACUACCCUAAAGCCUUCGAGUCUGGGAGCAUCACCUGCCCCCUCAAAUGAGCCUGAUCUCAAGGCAGAGGGCUUGGCAGCCGCUGAGACUGACCUUUCUCCGACAAUGCUAGAAAAUGUGAAGAAAUGUAAGAACUUCCUUGCAAUGUUAAUAAAACUAGCAUGUAGUGGAUCCCAGUCCCCAGAAAUGGGACAGAAUGUGAAGAAGCUGGUGGAACAGCUUUUGGAUGCAAAAAUUGAAGCAGAAGAAUUUACCAGGCAACUGUACGUUGAACUCAAGUCUUCACCUCAGCCUCACCUUGUUCCUUUUCUUAAGAAAAGUGUGAUUGCCUUACGACAACUUAUACCCAACACCCAGAGCUUUAUUCACCAGUGUGUUCAGCGGACUUCCAGCGAGAUGACCAUUGCUAGCUGCACCACAGCAGUAGCCGUUGCCCCUGUGCUGACAACCACGGUCUCCUCCAUUCAGUCAGAGAAGCCCAUCCUGGUUUCUGGAGCAGCAACGCCCACACUGAAUUCACAUGCUGGUCCUGCGAGCGCAAAACCUGGAGUUGCGACCCUUCAUUCUAUUGGUCCAGCUGCUGUCCCUGGAGGAACGGCCACUGGAACUGUUUUACUUCAGACUCCAAAACCACUUGUGACAUCCAUACAAAACACAGUGACGGCAGUGUCUCUGCAGCCUGAAAGGCCAGGUGUCCCGGGUGCAGCGGUAACUCUGGCACUUCCGUCCGUAGCCUUUACAGAAACCUCCACAGCAGCUGUGUGUCUCCCGUCGGUGAAACCCGCGGUCACCGCUGCCAGGACCACAUCUGACAAGCCUGUAGUUGGUGCUCCCAUCCAGAUGAAACUUGCACAGCUGGGCCCUAUCCUUUCCCAAUCAGCUGGUAUUCCACAGGCAGUUAAAGUCAAACAGCUAGUAGUCCAGCAGCCUUCUGAAGGCAUUUCAAAACAAGUGACCACACUUUCCCAUUCCUCAGCGUUGACCAUUCAGAAAUCUGGACAGAAGAACAUGCCAGUGAGCACUGUGAUACCUACCAGUCAGUUUCCUCCAGCUUCCAUUCUAAAGCAAAUUACCCUGCCAGGAAAUAAAAUUCUGUCACUUCAAGCAUCUCCUAUUCAGAACAAUAAAAUAAAAGAGAAUGGAACAAUAUCCUUCAGAGAUGAAGAUGACAUCAACGAUGUGACUUCCAUGGCAGGGGUCAGCCUCAGUGAAGAAAAUGCCUGCAUCUUAGCAACAAACUCUGAACUGGUUGGCACACUAAUUCAGUCAUGUAAAGACGAACCAUUUCUUUUCAUUGGAGCUCUACAAAGGAGAAUUUUAGACAUUGGUAAAAAGCAUGACAUUACGGAACUUAAUUCCGAUGCUGUGAACUUGAUCUCCCAUGCAACACAGGAGCGAUUACGAGGCCUUCUAGAAAAACUGACUACAAUUGCUCAGCAUCGAAUGACAACUUACAAGGCAAGUGAAAAUUACAUCCUGUCUAGUGAUACCAGAUCACAGCUCAAAUUUCUUGAAAAACUAGAUCAACUGGAGAAGCAGAGAAAGGAUUUAGAAGAACGAGAAAUGUUAUUUAAGGCAGCCAAGAGUCGAUCCAAUAAAGAAGAUCCCGAACAGCUGAGAUUAAAGCAGAAAGCCAAAGAGUUACAACAGUUGGAGCUCGCACAGAUACAGCAUAGAGAUGCGAAUCUCACAGCUCUCGCAGCUAUUGGACCAAGGAAGAAGAGACCGCUAGAACCUGGGUCUGGAAAUGAGGGCUUAAAAGACAACCUUCUUGCUUCUGGGACAUCUAGCCUGACAGCCACCAAACAGUCGCUUCGCCCAAGAAUCACGAGAAUCUGCCUCAGGGACUUGGUAUUCUGUAUGGAACAGGAAAGGGAGAUGAAGUAUUCUCGAGCCCUCUACCUUGCCCUUCUGAAGUGACCACUGCACUCUCCAUCCAGAGCCUUGCUGUUUACUGCCAAAGAAGAUGCAGGGGGCAUUGUUGCACUGUCCUCAAAUUUCAGUUCCUGGAAAAUAAUCGCCAGUAGGGAAGACCAUUGUUUACAGUUAGAAACUUUACUAAAUCUUACACUUCUCACGGGAUUCUUACUGACUAGAAUUCAGCUUUGUCUUCUGAAAGUUGGUUAUGAAAUACAGUUUACCCAGAAGUAGACAUCUGCCUACCUGUGCAUUUAAUUACAGUUAAGGCCUGUUGGGUACUACCUGCUUCAUGGCAGCCUGUUGCCAGGUGCCAUGUCUCUCCCUAGGACAGCCUGCCCUGAGGCUCAAGGGAGAGGACAAGUUCAUGCUUACCAAGGAAACCAUAUUUCAUCCCAUCCUGAAACUGUCUCAGAGUGGUAGUUUUCUGCCUGGAACCAAAUGUUGCAUAGCUAAUUAUGACAGUCACCUUCUGUAGUUGAAGGUGACAAGCCACAGAACAGGGUCUGUGGUGAUUGGUCAGUGGACUCCCAGUGUUGUCAAAACAUAGACCAGUGGGCAUGGUAUGUGUCUGCGGUGGUGGCGCUCUGGUUUAUGCCACCAUAUGCUUGUGAUGCCAAGGGAGGGGACAACCUUGCCAGGGAAACCUUAAAAUUGAAACUGCUGGUAUACCUCAUGGAAAAGUGGGAAAGGUGGAAAGUAUCAGAAAAAGAAGGAUGGGGACUUGUGUUCCAACUGAGAACAAGAAAUGACAGUGGCAUUGUAGAACAGGAAAUGUGCCAUGGUGCUGCGGGUGCCUAAUGGGCAGCGGAGGAAGUGGGACUCCAAAGCAACUGGCAUGUGUUCUGUUCACAGGAAGAAGGUCACUGCCCAACCAGAAAGGAAGAUGUGUCAUGCAUUUCUAAAUUACAGUUCUUCUAAGGAAAGAAUUAUUGUUUUAAAUCUCAAGAAGUUUUGUAAAAUCUUUGUUUACCUUAAGUUUUAAGUGUCCUGUUGCAUUUAAAAAAUCCUGGUUGAUGAUUAGAAAUUUUUAACAGUAGGACUCCGUUUUGGAUUCUACACUCAAAAGGGAAUGUCAGCAUCUCACUCUUGAGAUCUUGGCUCUAAAUAUAUUAUGAGAAGCAUGUUACAUAUACUCAUCUGAGGAGGAAGCUGAUGUUUUGCAAAGCAAACACUUUUUAUUUCUUGAAAUUCCACUUUUGUGGCAUUGUAGCUGGUAAAAAAUAAUAGCUGUAGUUAGAAUCACAUACAGAAAGAAUAAAUAAAUGCUCCAAGACAAUUUUUUAAAAAUGGGAAAGCUGUGCUACUUAGAACAAGAAUUCAGGGGAAUAAAAAUUGUUCCUUUUCAUCCUGUUCUUCCCAUGAGGACUGUUAUUUCCAUGUUCUAUACUAUAGUAAGUGUUAAAUUGGCCACAUUUUUUUGUCUCAGCAAGCUAUUAUGUAAAAUGCUGUAAAUUAUCUAUAUAUUAAAAGAGUGCUUUCAGGGAGAUCUAUAUCUACAGUUGUUUUUUGUAUAUUUAAAUGCUUAGCUUUAUUUUUUGGUAAAGUGCAGCAUAAUCCCAUAUUGUGUAUAAUCUUAUUGAUCAGCUGUUAAAAAUUAUUUCAGAUACUUCAUUAAAAUAAUUAUUUUAUUAUAA